AUGGCACCAUCAUCGUUGAAUUUAGCAGUGUUGUUCACGCUGUCAGCAUUAUCUCUGACAACUGGAUAUUAUCUUGGACAGAUAACACCAUCAAGGAAGGAUGAGAUACAAGAAUUGUUGAAACAAGCGAAGAUUAAGGCUGAGCGAGAUGAGCAAGCGUAUGCCAGUGAACAUGACGAUGGUGAUGAGGACGAGGAUGAAGACGAAUCUGAGGAUGAAGAUGAAGAUGAAGAUGGCAUUGCAGUAGAUUCCAUAUGCCUAAAUGACAUUCCUGGUGAAGUAAGGAUGGCCUUGGUUAUCAGGCAAGAUUUGGGAAUGACUAAAGGGAAAAUCGCUGCUCAAUGUUGUCAUGCUGCAUUAGCCUGUUUUAGGCUUAUUGCGUGUGAUCCAAGUAGAACUUCAUAUAAUCCGGAGAUGACUCACAGAUGGUUGGCAAGAGGUCAAGCAAAGAUUACUUUAAAAUGUCCAGAUAAGGAAACAAUGGAUGAGCUCUUCGCUAAGGCUAUUGCAUUAGGAGUUAACUCAUACGUUGUUCAUGAUGCUGGUAGAACACAAAUUGCAGCGGGAAGUGCUACUGUUUUAGGUUUGGGACCUGCUCCGAAAGCAGUCCUUGACCAAAUUACUGGUGAUCUCAAGCUUUACUGA